AUGUUCAAGACGUUGGUGAAGCAGCGACUCAAUUUGGCCGUCGAGGAGGUCAUUGAAAUAUUCGAGAGAACCAUAGCGGAGUACGAGGAGCAACUUUGUCGGAGCAAAGAAGAACACGAGAGACGGGAAGAUGGUUUCAGGACUUCUUAUAUUCCGAGUUCAGACUUGCAGCAGGUGUCUGUGGAGACUCGAGAAGUAGAAGAGGAUGUUCCUUUUAAGAAUCCAGUGGAGCCAACAAAGCCAAUUAAGGAGGAAGAGGACUUAUGGAGCAGUCAGUUUGGAGAACCCGACGUGACCGAAUUCACAUGGACCGGCGUCCAUGUCAAAAGUGAAGAUGAUGGUCAGUCGGCACAGCUUUAUCCAAGUCAAAUCAAGGACAAGUUAAAUCAAGAUUGCGACAACAUUGCUCAGUUGUCAGAUAUGGACGACGCAACGUCCCGCUCUUCCGACACCGACCGCAGUGACGGUGCCAAAGAACAUCACAAGACCAAAAAGAAGUCAAAACACCGCGUGACGCAACACUUUGACUGUCCGGAAUGCGGCAAAACCUUUACCAACAAAAACGUUUUGAAGAACCAUUUGGUGACACACUCCGGAGAGAAACCGUUUGUUUGCACGGUUUGCGAUAAAAGGUUCUCCUUGAAGCAUCACAUGAAGACGCACAUGCGAGUGCACGCAGAGAAACCGUUUUACACCUGCUACUUUUGCGAUAGAAGAUUCCCAGACGAGGCAGCUAAGAAUGAGCAUGAAAAAAUUCACGCAGAAAAACCCCGAGAUGAACAAGCCGACGACGACGCCCCUUUGUCGGAUUUGGAAUGUGUUAUGACGCAAUCUUCAGACACGGCUCACAGCGACGACGGCAAAGAACCUUCCAGAAAGAAAAUGAAAUUCAAAGUAGACGCUACUUAUGACAGUGAGAGCAAACUUUACAUUUGCUCCGGUUGCGACAAAACCUUCACUAACAAAAGCGUUUUGCGAAAUCACAUGGUGACGCACACCGGAGAGAAACCUUUCGCUUGCUCUGUUUGUGACAAAAGAUUCUCCUUCAAGCAGAACAUGAGAAGACACAUGGCCAUCCACACGGGAGAAAAACCUCACUCUUGUUCUUUUUGUGACAAAAGAUUCUAUGAUAAAUUUGAAAUGAAGCGACACAUGUUAACCCACACUGCCGACAAGCCUUUCUCGUGUUCGGUUUGUGCUAAAACUUUCUCCCGAAGCUCGCACUUACGGAUGCACUUGAAUAAGCACUCGGCUGAGAAACCUUCCACCUCCAGCAGCUCCGGUCAACUCAUACCAACGGAAGUGGACGGCGAUGAUGUCGGACCGAUCCUGAUGUCGGAAACAGAGUCUUCCGACGACGCCAAUGAACCUUCGGAAAGCAACAAAAACUUUGUAAACGAUGCAACGCAACCGGCCGACAACAAACAAUUCACCUGUUCCGUCUGCGCGAAAACCUUCGCGCAGAAAGGAAGUUUAAAAACUCACAUGUUGACGCACACCGGAGAGAAACCUUUUGCCUGCCCAGUUUGCGCUAAAUGUUUCUCCAUCAAGCAAAACAUGAAGCGCCACAUGGCCAUCCACACGGGUGAGAAACCGUACUCAUGUCCAGUUUGCGACAGACGAUUCUACGUGGAGUUUGAGAUGAAACGACACAAGAGAAUCCACACCUCUGAGAAGCCCUUCGCGUGUUCGCUUUGCGCUAAAAGUUUCUCUUGUAGCAACUAUCUGACGCUGCAUAUGAGCACGCACACAUCGGAGAAACCGUACGGGUGUCCGAUCUGCCCUAAAAAAUUCUCGCAUCGCUCUUAUCUACGACAGCACAUGCGAAUACACGCGGCAGAGAAGCAGUUCACGUGUUCCGUGUGCACCAAAGGUUUCUCCAGUCGCUCGUAUUUGAGGAUACACAUGAGAAUGCACACAGCGGAGAAGACGUUCACAUGCGCAGUUUGUACGAACUCUUUUACGAGCGUCGAAUGUCUCAUAGCGCACAUGAAUUCGCACGCCGAGGAGAAUCCUUUGGGUACUGGCGAACAUGUGACGGGAGCAGAACUAGCGCCGCUAUCUGAUAUGGAUGACGUGAUGUCAUGCUCUUCCGACACGGAUCGCAGUGAGCUAGCCAAAGAGCCUUUGGAGUAG